AUGAGCAAGUCCACCUAUACGAUAGCAACUUUCUCUCCUCUUCGUUACCUUUCUACUGGCCCCGGUAGCGCCGCGUGGGCAAUUAGUAGCGGUACCUACGUUGAAACCGAUGGAAGUCUGACUCAAGUCGAAGCAUUGUAUGCUGCCGCAUUAUUGGGUUCCGAACAAGUCAAAAACGGGCCACAGGACAUCUGGGGCAAUGUCAAAAUACCGUACCUUGAAUUCGGCGGGGGCAGCAAAGACAGAUGGACCAUUCUUAAUUUAACCCAACGACGCCCUGAAGAUUACGUCUCUUUGAUCGGCAUACCUGUCAUCGGCCGCCCCGUGGAUCGGGACGGGAGCUUUAGCUUGGAGACUUCUCAGCUUACCGUACAGUGUGAGCCAUGGGUAUCGCGUACCGUGGAAAACAGAACCGACUUUACUGAACUCGAGAAGCUCGUGCCGGGCCAGAUAUGGCAGAACACGUCAGAUGAGAACAGUCCUUGGGGCAACGAUAGAGUAGCCGGAGGAAAGCGCUCGACAUUCUUUCUACAGACAGACCUUCCGCUCACCAAUGGAGGUACUGAUGGAGACGGCCGUUUUGAUGCGUUUGCUGGUUACAAAAACACAUCGAUGACGAACCAGGAAUUUCCCAUGCGAAAGCUCACGUACGCCUCCAGCUUGGGAGUCGGACCACUUGGAAACACAAGUCUGAGUAUCACUAACUGUUCUCUUGGUCAGAGUCAUACUGAAACGGUGGUGGAGUGCAACAGAGACACUUGUGCUGCUGUCAAAGUCCGUCCGUCUCAGUCAGACUUGCGGAAUACUCAUGUCACUCCCUUCGACCACAUCCUGAUCUCGCAACUGGCUCUGGCUGCUUUCCCUAAAGCUUUCGGUUGGUCUAGAGGAUCCAAUCCGACCGAGCAGUUCAUCUACAACACAACGUCCUUUCAAUUAACCUCACCGACUUCGAAUCUGGGCAUUAAUCCAGGUUGGGUAAACCUGACAGAACUAAGCCCGGAGGUUUUUGCGAAACGGCUAUCUCUUGUUCUGAACACCUACUACCAACUUACGAUUGCACCAAACGCAUAUCUUGGAAACCUUCCACAAAGCAACUCGUCGGCUUUCGGUCUUGAUACCAAGCCAGUAAACGAUGUCGAUGUCUACCUACUUCAAAACGAAACUACCCAAAACACUACCUUCGCAAACUGGUUCAGACCCUUUAAUCUGGCGACGUAUGACUCAGGAAUAUUCUUCAUCGGAGCGACGACAAACGCGACAAUUAGUAGGACACAUGACAUCUACCUUUGCAAUUUCGCUUGGCUGAGUCUGUUGCUCGUAGCUGCAGUUGCGAUAUUUCUGGUCGGCGUUGGGUCGUUGAUUCUCAAGCGGAAGACACUUGGUCCGGAGAUGUUUGGAUUUGUCACAAGCAUGACCUACGAAAAUCCAUACCUCGAUCUACCUGCGGGAGGCAACACCUUGGAUGCUAUGGAAAGAGCAAGAUUGCUGAAGGACGUUGAUGUGCACGUGGGCGACGUACGCGCCAGUGAGGACAUCGGGCAUAUCGCAUUCGCUGCGGGCACACCGAAGCGCAAACUUGAGAAAGGCCGCAUGUACUUUUAA